CAGAGGAGUCAGGUCCCAGCUCUGGGCCGGGCAAUGACGCCCCUGUGGCAGGAGGUGACUGAUGGUGCUUGUCCUUCCCUUUCAGCUCGCAGACCACUGAGGAUGUGUGACCCUAACCAAGGUAUGCCACGACCACAUCUUGCAGUUUGCCCUCCUGCUCCUCCAGGAUACCCUGGUCCUGGCACAGGUCCCUACCCUGGUGGCAUUGCAGUCUGCCCUCCUGCUCCUCCGGGAUACCCUGGUCCCGGCACAAGUCCCUGCCCUGGUGGCCCUGCAGUCUGCCCCCCAUGCCCCCCUCAACCUGGCCAUGGGCAUCACCACCACGGGCACCACCACCACGGGCACCACCACCACGGGCACCACCCCCAUGGGCACCCUCCAUGUGGCCAUCAUCCCCAGGGGCACCCCCAUCCGGGACCACCGGGAAUGCAGGUGUGCCCCCCUGACUGCCAUCAGAAGCACCAUAAGAAGCACCAUAAGAAGCACCAUAAGAAGAAGCACUCGAAGCACCACGGAGGCAAGCACUCCAGCAGCUCAAGCAGCAGCUCUGACUCUGACUGAACAUCUGGCAUCUCCCACCAGCACAGCACUUAUCAGCAAAACAUGAAGCCAAACACCUCGUGGGAGUGCUGUGCCCUGCCCUGCGUGUUUCUCUGUUCCCCUUCCCUUUUCUUUAGAGCACUGUUUUGCCUGCUGUGAUUUUCUUGGGUUUACUUUGUAAAUGCUUUGUCCUGGAAUCUCUGAGUCAUUGGACAGCAUCUCCAUUGUCUGUCUUUUGGGAGAGCCUGCUGAAAGUCAUCAUGUGCUUGUUCACAAUCUGCUGGUGUCCGUGUGUUUUUUCCUGGGCAAU